AUGCAUUCGCAUGUCUUCACGAUCUCUCACUGGAACUUUCCAACGCGCUUGGGGGCCGAGUGCAGAUGCAACGAAGACGACUGCGUCGCUAUUCGGGACGGGAGGCGAAGCCCGCAACCCAAGGUCAUCGGCGGCAGCGCCAGGAUCGGCGGGAGCAAGAAGGGCGAGCAGUGGCAGCGGGGUUCGGCGCUGAUCCGCCAGGUGCGGCAGGCGACGUCGGAGCCCGACGCCAUCCAGCAGCGCGUGCAAGACGGGGCGCCAGACUUCACCGGCGCCAUACCCCAACGAGCACAUUCUGGCGGGAGAGCCGCCGUUGGUUCAGCUGGUCCUCCGAGCCCGAUGGCAGCGGAGCGUGUCGCUGCUCAGUGA